GCUGUGGUGGGGGGGGUACUCGGCUCGCGGCUGUCGGCGCAUCCCGAGCUGAGCUCCAGACCCCGAGUCCCGAGCCCCGAGUCCGAGCCGGAACUUCAGCCGCCGCCACCGCUGCCGCCCGGCCCGCGAUGUCAGCGGCCUGAGCGAGGAGAGGAGGAGAGCGGACACCGAGGUCCAGCUUCGCCCUGCCCUGCCCUGCCCUGCCCGCCCUCCUCGUUCUCCUGCCCGCACCCCCCGGGCCCCUGCCCCCGGCCGCCAUGUGUUCCAGCCUCUGGUUCCUGACGGACCGGAGGAUCCGCGAGGACUACCCGCAGGUGCAGAUCCUGCGCGCCCUCCGGCAGCGCUGCUCCGAGCAGGACGUGCACUUCAGAGCCGUGCUCAUGGACCAGAUCGCCGUCACCGUCGUCGGCGGCCACCUCGGCCUGCAGGUGAACCAGAAGGCUCUGACUACAUUCCCAGAUGUGGUGCUCGUGCGGGUGCCCACGCCUUCUGUUCAGUCAGACAGUGACAUCACUGUCUUGAGACACUUGGAGAAACUAGGCUGCCGCCUGGUCAACCGCCCCCAGAGCAUUUUGAACUGCAUCAACAAGUUUUGGACAUUCCAAGAGCUGGCUGGGCACGGGGUCCCCAUGCCAGACACGUUUUCCUAUGGUGGUCAUGAAGACUUUGCCAAGAUGAUUGAUGAAGCUGAGCCCCUGGGGUACCCUGUGGUGGUGAAGAGUACUCGAGGACAUCGAGGAAAAGCAGUUUUCCUUGCAAGAGAUAAACACCAUUUAUCAGACAUCUGCCACCUGGUCCGUCACGACGUGCCCUACCUGUUCCAGAAAUACGUGAAGGAAUCUCACGGAAAGGAUAUCCGCGUGGUGGUGGUGGGUGGCAAUGUCAUCGGCUCCAUGCUUCGCUGCUCCACGGAUGGGAGGAUGCAGAGCAACUGUUCCCUAGGUGGUGUGGGUGUCAUGUGUCCGCUCACCGAGCAAGGCAAACAGCUGGCCAUUCAGGUGUCCAACAUCUUGGGCAUGGAUUUCUGUGGCAUCGACCUCCUCAUCAUGGAUGAUGGCUCCUUUGUGGUGUGUGAGGCAAAUGCCAACGUGGGCUUUGUUGCAUUUGACCAGGCGUGCAACCUGGAUGUGGGCGGGAUCAUCGCCGAUUACACCAUGUCCCUACUCCCCAGCAGGCUGACCGGGAAGAUGGCCCUUCUCCCAGGGGUAUCUAGCGCCAGUGAGAAGAGUGAGCCUGAAGGAUGUGCCUCUGCCCAGGCUGGCCCAGAAAACAUUUAUAUCACCAAUGGCGGCUCUACGUCCAGUGAGAGUGAAGCAGAGCUGGGAGAAAUCAGGGAUUCUUUGGCAAACACGGCCAGGCCCCAACCCCCUUCACUGCCAGGCCCCAGCUACAAUAUUAACAACAUGAUUGCCUCGGAAUUAAAACUUAAAUGAAUUCAGCUUUUGAAUAUAAUUUAAACCAAAUCCUGCUGCUUCCCUGAUAGUUUUGAAUGAAUAAGAUCUUGACUAAUGUGUGUUCAUUUGCACAGAAAAUAGGAAUCCCAUCUGGGCACCUACUCACUUUACAGUAUUCUUUCUAAUGACGAUUUAAGAAAAUUGCUUGGCUUUGUGGUUUGUACAAAGACUAAUCUUAAGAACGCUCACUGAGAAUAACAUCCCAGCUGAUGAAGUGGAGCUUGGUGCCUGUGUUAUGGACACUUGGCUAUUAAGUGUUAGCAGCCGACUGCCAGGCAUUUGAAUCUCUAUGCCGCUGUAGUCUGCAUGUUUCCAUCUCUCAACAACAGAGCCCAGUCAUUCAGAGCCGCUCGUAGAGAGAAUAUUUGAAAGCUUCCAAGAGAUGAGGGCAAUCGCCAGCCGGGAGCCAUGGAACCCAGAUGCAAUAAUGAGCUCUCUUCUGUUAAUGGCCAUUCAACAUUUAGAAGACACGUGCUUCCAACACCGUGAUAGAGAACCCAUCCCUGCUUCCCACCGAUCAACAUCUUGGCUUCAUUGUGACCUGCUUCUCUGUCACUCAGGAUGCAGUGAUUUGGGAACAUCUCUGUUAGCACUUUCAAAGGCAGCCCUUUGUAGAAAGUGGAAUCGGAUCUGUUCUGGGCCUCAUCUCCAGGAGGGCAAGGGAACGCAAGCUGAUCCACAAAUCGAGCCCAUCUUAACGCAGUGCUUCCUCGGCUCCAUCACACAAUGGGAAGAUGUGCUUUAGCAGGUUCCCUGGCCCUAAGCUGCCUCUACCAAUCUAUUCUUCCUCUUCUCUCUUUCCGCUGCCUUUUGGUUUUAGUUGGAUGUACCAUUUCAUUGAGCCAGGAGACACAUGCUUUCUUUCCUUCAGGGGGUCCUCAACCCUUCCCAGAUCUCGGAUUUCUCUCCAGUGGUUCUCUGGAAUUGUGUGUAUUAAGCAAAAUCACUUAGAGGGAUAACAUAUCCGGUGCCUGGAGAAUAAGCAUCACUCCUCUGUGUUGAAGGAUCUAUAAUUUGGUGUGGUGUGGGUGAGCUGCAGGUGUGCCCGUUGGGCUUGGUAAUCCUGUAGGUUUGGCUUUGUGGAAUUAUAACAGGGCAAAGCAAUUGGAAACGCAUCAUCCCUGUGGGACAUUGUAGAGCCCAGCCAUCUGAAUGUGUGUCCUCUUUGAAAUGAGGGAGGAUCACCCUUUAGGAAUCACUACAUAUCCUGGUUUUCCUUUUGUUUUCUGGCUAACAUAGGCAUCCCCUAAGUGCUUUUCAUUCCAGCUGUCUGUUCGGUAGUCGAUGAACCUCUCCCUGGGAAGGAGUUAUUGAGAUGUAGAUUUGAAACUCUGAUGAUAUAGGAGAUAGUUUUCAAAUAGUGACACUUUAGGAAAAAAAUUUAAAACCACAUACCACAAUUCCCACAUCCAAGUGAGUGUGGUCCCCUUCAAAGCCUUACCUUAGGAGGCCAUACCUUUAUUCCUGCAAAGCUUUGAUUAGAUCCAAUUUAUAAAUCCCAAAAGAAAACCAGUGGUGGGAGCUCACACGUUAUCCCCAGCCUUAGUUGAAGAUUUCUAGAAAUCAGAAUUAGCUCCCAGUCAUUGGGGAGACAAAAAUGGCAUCACAGACACUGAAGUCCAUUCCCAAAGAUGAAAGGGGGGAGGGAGCGGGGAGAAUGACUUGAGCAGCGACAGUUUUGGUGGAACAAAUCUACAGCCUUCCAAUGGGGAUUGCUUUGGGGAGAACCACACCCACUUGGAUAUACAGGAUUUGGUCUGACUAAAGAAACCGUUCACAUCUGACACCUCAUGCUAAUUUCACAUAACUGACUGUAAAAAUGUGUAUAAGAUAACAGUACAGCAACUUUCCACAACAUAUUUUAAAAUAGGACUUGUCUAAGAGCACCAUGACUAAAAACAGUUCCAUAAUUUGGGAGAGCUGGACACUAACUUUGGUUCUGCUGAUCACUUUCCCUUAAUCGAAAUUGACCUAAGUCACAUGUUCUCUAUGUCUCCGGAGCUGUGUAGAGGAAUCUCAACAUGCACAGGAGGUAUUUUAUACCUACCUCAAUGUAGCUCAGAUAUCACCGAACAAUGUAUUUGUGACUAUGUGUCUGAUUAAGUUUGGGGGUGGGAAUGAAUGUACUUCACUUUCAUGUGGUUUGUGACACCUUUUUCCCCACUCGGGGGAGAUUAGGCAGUAUAUGAGUUUGCUUCUGUCUUCACUGAAGUUGACUAAAUGCUUUCUUUGUGUCUGAACAUCUGCCGGAGCCAAGUGAAGCCCUUGUGGAAAUUGCAUUUGUUCUUUAGUUACUUAAGAAUCUGCCCCCAUACACACACACCCACACACCAGGGUACUUUUCUGGGCACAGGGGAGACAAAGCCCUCCUUCCUAGGCUCUCCUGCCUCAAAAGAUCCUUCCCUAGCUCUAAACUAUGCCAUUAGAGCAUCCCUAGGCCAGGAGCAGCCACAGCAAGACACAGGGGUGAGGAGUAGAAUCUCUGCUUGCUUAUGUCCACCGGCAUUGCCUGAAUCAUGCUCUGGCCCCUCCACUCCCUGCCUCUGCCCUUAAAAUCCCCUGGCAGCACCCUGUGUGACUCAGUAGGAAAAAACCCUGUGUUUGAGGUUGGACAAACUAGUUUGCUUCAGGUUCUACAUUAGUCAUUGAUUAGCUGAAUGACCUUGGGCAAGUCACUUAAACCUUAUACCUCACUUUUUCCAUCAGCAAAAUGGGGGGAAAUACCCCACCCUCCCUACCUCACAGGAUUGCUGUGAGGGGAAAAGCAGUUGCUAGAAGUGAACCAUAAUUUGAAAAUUGCAUUGCCAAGAGGUGGGAUGAGGAAAGAGCAUGUCUUCUUCCUUCUGUGACUACAUGAUGGGACUCCCCAACACCCAUCCCCCUUCAGGAACUUCAGGAGGAAAGAGGCCAAUAGGUAUCUAUUUUUGCAUCCUGGGCAGCAUGAGAAUGCAACUUCUCAGCACCUUCAGUUCCAGCCUGGAAAGCCUGCAGGGACCAUCUGAGUAUGACAAACAACAGCCUUUCAGCCAAAUUGUCUAGAAGCCGGGACACUUGAUUCCCUUGUUCUUCCAAUGAAGGAUGUCUUCCCUGUAUAAUAUACAUGCACAUCUCUAUAUAAUGCCUCCUUUUAUUUGGUAGGAACAUCUUGAAACUGGUGAAAACUUGAAUGCCACUAGCUGAGUCGCUGUGAAUAUAUUUUCCUAUGCGCUGAUGAAAAAAAAUUCCUUGUAUCUGGAUAUCUGUGUGUGUUAGGGCUUGCAAAGGUAGCUGGAACUCUGUUUUUUUAGUUUUAGGUUUUUGAGAAGUCUGAUAAGCAAUACAAGUGAGCCCUAAGCGAUAUGGGGGCCACACACUCAGACCCUCUCAGCCAGCUAUGCGAGAAUCCCAUAACAAGGAGAUUACCCCCCUGCAAAAGAAUGAAUUUGUUAAAGGGAGCAUUUGAAAGAAAUGUGGCUAAGGAGUAUAGGUAUUGUUUCUCUUGGAAAAUAAGGAUGUGGAAUGAUGUGUCAUUUUAAUGGGAGAAAUAACUAUGUGAAGUGGUGUCUAUCAUUUCAAUGAGAGAAUAAGGAAGGAGAAUGGCAAUCCUUUUAGCUAAAUGCACUCAGAGGUAAGAGGAAUAAAUAGGGGCUCAUUCCUUCAUUUCAAGGACUGGUUAACUAAGGUUUUAGAACCCCUCCUCAUCCCCCCAUGCAUAUCACAGAUGAAACUAAUCAACUUGACUAAGAAUUCUAGUUAUUUCAAUACCUCAUAUACUUGUAUUAGGUAAAAAAGGGCAGAAUACCUUCCCCUUGUAAGCCCCCAAACCUUGGACACCCAUGGCUAGCUGAAACUGAGCAGAAGGUUAUCAAUAGUAACCUUGGCCAAAUUGGUAGUCAAAUCAUCCCCAACUGCUACUGUGGGAUUAUUCCUAGGAUGUGCAGGUGUGUUGACCAGCUGUCUUUACUACCCUGGCACCUAUUGGAGCAUCCUUUGAUUUUGGACUGCAAGCCACUCUUGCCAGAGCCUUGCACUGGUUUGGGAUCUGCCUGUUAAAAAGACUGGUCCAGACCACUGUUUUAUUAAAUGGUAAUCUGCUUCAGUGGAUAGAGCACCAGGCUGGAAAUCAGAAGAACCAAGGUCUGACUCUGGUUUUUCUGCUGACUUGAACAUGUUGCUUCACCUUCUGAGCCUCAGCUUCUUCAUUUGUAAAAAGUAAAGAGCGUGGACUAAAGGAUCCCUUUCAGCUCUAAUAUUGUGACUUCACGAUCAUCUUGCUGCAGUUCCUAGUUUCCAGUCUCUGCAGUCAGUAGCUGCGUACAAAUUGUUUCAGAGCUCCCCAUCACAGGAAGUCUUUCCGGGUUGAGGCUGGAUGUCUACUUGUGAGAAAUAUAGUAGGGAUUCCUGUGCAGAUGAGUUGAACUAAAUAAUCUUCGAGAUCCUUUCCAGCUCAGACGCUAAGAUUCUAUUAACUCAAAUAGAAAUGAACAGAACUAGCAUCUUAGCUAGUCCCAUCUCCUCUCCAAUCUUUAGUUUCUUCAUCUACCAUGUUGUUGUUCAUUCAUUUCUGACUCUUUGUGACCCCAUUUGGGGUUUUCUUGGCAGAGAUACUAGUUUGUCAUUUCCUUCUCCAGCUCAUUUUACAUAUUAGAAAGCUGAGGCAAAUGGGGUUAAGUGACUUGCCCAGGGUCACACAGCUAGGAAAUGUCUAAGGCCAAACUGGAACUCAGGAAGAUGAGUCGUCCUGACUCUAGGGCUGUCACUCUGUGGACUAUGGCACCCCCUAACUGCCCUACCAGGGGCUUUUGACUAGGUGAGCUCUGACAUUCUGUGAUAGAGAGCUUUAUUUGGUUACAAAACACUCUCCUUCCAUUUUCUUGAGACUCACGGCAUAGUUUAAAAAUUAUCCCCAUUUGGCAGCUAGGUGGCCCAGUGGAUAAAGCACUGGCCCUGGAUUCAGGAGGACCUGAGUUCAAAUCUGACCUCAGACACUUAACACUUACUAGCUGUGUGACCCUGGGCAAGUCACUUAACCCCAAUUGCCUCACUUAAAAAAAACUAUCCCCAUUUUAUAAAUGAGGAAACCAGCUGAGUAAUUAACUCGACCAGUCAUACAGAUCACUAACAGGCAAAGCGAAGACUCAAAGCCAAGUCUUCUGACCCCAAGUUUGGAGAUUCUGCUCUUUCCACCACAUACUAUUAUCUCUGAACUAUCUGGGAUCAGUGUAAAGAGGCUCCCUCCUGGCCUCUGGGCCCAGAGGAAGGUACCGGCAGGAUAGCAAAAUGUCAGUUGGGCUUGCUUCGGUGGAAGGAGAGAGAGGGAAGAAAAGGGCUUUUUGAGGAAUCCAGGCUGACCCAGCAGGAAAGAGGAGAGAUAGUGGUGGUGGUGGUAGACUAAGAACAAACAGUCAAACCACUGUGAAGUGCCCCCUUUGUUCAUGGCACAGUGGUAAGGAUUGAAGAAACAAAAACUAUACAACAAAACUGUUGGGGCUUACACUCUACUUGACUUCUACUUCCCUAAGCUGUUUAAGAGUAGAAAAGAGGCUGACCAACAACCUGACCUGGAGUUAUGUGGCACCUAAUUUAUUUUGGAGUUUCCUGUGUUAUGAUUUGUUGAUUUGGGGUUAAAUUUAAAUGGGAAAUACCAUAAUCUCAAACGUGUAAAGUGGAUGAUGGAAUAGGGGAAUCCCAAGCUGGUCUUAAAUUUAAUUCUACAAACAGGUAAAAUGUGUACCAUACCCAAGGACCUUUACUUGAAGGGGGUGGGGGGGUAAUGAUGAUAAUUACAAUACAGUUUCUCCUCACAAGGAUCAUACAGUAGAAUGGGAGCUGAGGGUAGGAGGUAGGUUGGAAAGAAAGGGACCAGGAAACAAUUCUGAUACAAGGGAGUGUGAGAUAAAUGCAAUGGAGAGAGCCAAAGAGGAAAAAUUUGAGAGGCUAGGAGAAAAGGGUUUUUUUUGUUUGUUUUUUUAAGAUGUGGCAUCUGAGUUGGUCCUCCAAAGCAGGGAGGAUUUCAGUAAGCAAGUCUAUUCCAGGCAUGUUCUGUGUCAGCAAAGACAGAAUGCCUGGAAUGUACCCCUCCUCACUUCCACUUCUCAGAAUCUCUGGUUUCCUUCAACUCCUAGCUCAACUCACCUACAUGAAACUUUUCUUGAUGCCCCUAGCUAUGAGUUUCACCUUUCCCCAUCUGCUUUUUAUUCAUUUUGUAUAUAGUUGGAAUAUAUUUACAUAUUGGAAGCCCACCGUACUACAUAAGUACAUCUCCCUCAUUGACAUUUAAGAUCUUAGAAAGCAGAGACUUUCUCAGUGUCUGGACAUAAUAGACACUUCAUAAUUAAUUGAAUGAGAACAAGGUGCGGAGGCCUAGUCUGGAAUAUGUAUGUGAAAGGGAAUAUUGUAGACAUCAAAUUCAGUGUUGGUGGGUAAUGGGGAACCACCAAAGACCUUAGGUAGAAGGUAACAUAGAUGCAUUCAGGUGCAUGCCAUAUUUAAAAAUAGUAAUAAUAUAGGAUAAUGCCCUAUCAUACCCCUAUAUACCUGGGUGAGGAUUUCCUAAGGGAUGGAGAGCCUUGGGUCUGGUUUAUGGGCUCCUAUUGGUGAAAGGUGGUCAAGGGGGGUGGGUGAUGGGGGGAGGAGAUGGACUUAGUUGACCCAGGAACACGUAUGUAGGAAUGCUGUUGGGCUAGAAGGUAGCAACAGUAGGAGACUUUGAGGAUUGUGGCAGAUUAAAGGUGCCACUGGAGUUUCUGCUUAGCCUUGAGAUUGUUUUUUGGCCCUUCCUGAGUUCCAAGGCUGGCCAGUUAUGGGGUUGAGGGGAGGGUCCAUGGACACACUUGUGAGAGACUCAGUUAUGUGGGCAUGUAGCAGAUUGGUCAGUAUUCCCUCCUUUCCUUUCUCUUUCCCAAUCUGGUGUCAGUUUCCCCUGGGUAUUUAUGGCACAGGGAAUUGGCAGGGCUGAGGGGAUUUCCCAGUGAGCAGUACAAUUGUGACAUCUUGUGUUCUGAUGCUCGCUAGAAUCAAAUUGACUCGGUGGAAUAGGCAUGGCUCUGAUUCAUCAGUUACAUGUUCACUGAGAUUAUGAUUAUAAAGAUAACGAACUUUUGAGAAUUUAGCAGGGCAAUUUUUGUUCUUCAAAGAAAAGCAUAAAAUUGUUGCAUAGAUAAGUUAACUGAUUCCCUUCAUUCUGUUUUGUUUUGUUUUGUUUUGUUUUUUGGUGAGGCAAUUGGGGCUAAGUGACUUGUCCAGGGUCACACAGCUAGUAAGUGUCAAGUGUCUGAGUCUGAAUUUGAACUCAGGUCCUCCUGACUCCAGGGCCAGUGCUCUAUCCACUGUGCCACCUAGCUGCCCCAAUUCCCUUCACUCUUGAUCAUCUACACAAUUCUAAUUCUGGACCAGUAGUCUUAAAACCCUGUCCCUUCCCAUUGAUCAGAGACCAGACCAUGACCAGAGAAAGUCAACCACUCUUUUCAUGACUCUUAGUCAAGUCCAAUUCAUAAAGUAGAUCUGUCAUCCAGAGUCAUAGUGUUUUCCGUAACUAAAUACUCUCAACGUCAGGAGCCCCACAUCUUGGUCUUGACUCUGCCAUUAACUGUAACUUUAGGCAAGUCACGCCACCUUAAUGAGCUUCAGUUUUCCUUUCUGUAAAAUCAUGGGACGGUACUAGAUAGUCUCUUAGGUUCCCUUCAGCUUUGACAUUCGAUGGCUGUGGUUUUAAAUUAUCUUCUGGUUUGGAUUGCCCACUCCUUUGCCAUCACCUUCCUUUCCCUUCUGGGAACUCAGCUUAUGUGAGGGAAGUUCCCUAUUCCACCUUCUAACCCAGAGACAAGAGGAUGAGAUGAGGAAAGCUGGGAAAGUACUGCUAGAGGCCUUGGGGAAAGUAUCUCAGGAUCGCUUAGGUAUAACUCUGGCCAAUCUCAAGCACAAGGUCCUAAUUCUAGUUUAGUGAACCUGCCUUGUGCUUAUUCCAUCCAUGUUUGUUAUGACUUAAGAACCAGGGAGAAAGGAAUGGAUGCGAAGAAGGAAGGGAUAGAGAAUACAGCAGGAAAAUCUCCAUUCUGUCUAGUUGGAUGCCAAAUGGGUGCUCAGGCUCUUUUAUUUUAGAAGAAGGCAUUAUAGGGGCAGCUAGGUAGUGCAGUGGAUAGAGCAGUGGCCCUGGAGUCAGGAGGACAUGAGUUCAAAUCCGGCCUCAGACACUUAAUACUUACUAGCUGUGUGACCCUGGGCAAGUCACUUAACCCCAAUUGCCUCACCAAAAAAAAAAAAAAAAGAAGAAGAAGAAGAAGGCAUUCUAGUAUUCACAAGAAGGGAGAGCUGAGGCCCUUGGGAUGAACAAUCAGUCAUCAUAUUUUCCAUGUUGCAAACCCAAGAGAUUAUUCGAGAUCCCUUUCUAAGUCCCUGUACUGCUGGAGGCAGGAAGCCAUUUGUUGGGCAGUGACCAGGUGUUCUCUGGGGCUUUUCAAGUCCUGAAUGACCAUGCCUGUGGCCCCCAAAUUUAAGGUGCCCAUUGAACUGAAUAUGAUUAGGCAUACAUUAAGCUCAGACUCUCAGGAAAGCAGCACACAAGGCCAAUUUGGCAGAGGCAUGUGUUCUAGUCCAUUAUGCAAUUUUUAUAUAUGCAACUUGAAGCAAAGAAUCACACUGGAAACUCAUGUGCUUCCCUGCCUGUUUCUGAAAACUAUGGGUUUUUCAUAUCCGAGGGAAAUCUUAGUUUUGAAUCUCAGUUUCUGAACCUGAGAAAAGCAACUUGAAGAGUCCAACCUCAAGGCUAUACUACAGUUGAGUUCUCCUUAGGAAAGUUGAGUUUUUGCUUUUGAAAUAGAAGCUUGAGGAAUACGUUUUACCUGGGCACUAGAAUAUCUAAUUUCCAAAUGGCUUAUGCGACAAUGACUUGGUUAACUUCCUUGCAGAGAUCAGUUACAAAUGGCUUGUUUUUUGUUGCUUUUUAUUAAAACCACUGCUAUGAAACACAA